CCUACUCCGACCACGUCUCCGGCCAUGUCCCUCUUCGCCAACCUCAACAGCAGCGAGACCGUCCAGCGCGUCGCCGCGCCCCUCCAGUCCCAGUGGGAGUCCGCCCCGGGCACCGUCAUCGUCUCCGGCCUCGGCGCGCUCCUCGCCGCGUUCGUCACCUACCAGUACGCGUUCACCGACUCCGUCCUGCGCUCGACGCCCUUCCUCGGCCAGCUCGGUUUCUUCUCCGCCCGACAUGACUUCAUGGACAAGACCCUCAAGGACGCGCAGAAGAAGCAGAUCCGCGAGAAGAAAGACCCGCUCAAGGGCGGCGUCUACGAGUUCAACACCGUUGGCUACACCGUCAACGUCUUGCACGGAGAGACGGGCCGCAAGCUCUUUUUCGGUGACAAGAACUUGAGCUUGUACCAGGGCUACCUCUUCCUGCGUGGAGGUUUCCCCACUACCUCCAAGCUUGGCGCGAGGAUCGAGACCGACAACGGAAAGCUGAAGGAGCGUCUGCUCUACUUCAUCAGGAGAGAAUACAUCACCGAUGUCCUCCCCACCAUCUUCCGUGAGAUCUCCGAGGAGUUCGACACCUGGGGCAAGAGGAGCCGUGUCGACCCGUUCGAUGCGAUCUACACCUUCGUGUUCAAGCUGACCUGCCGUCUCCUUGUGUGCAACGAGAUUGCAGAUGAUCCCAAGUUGUUGAAGCACGUCCGCUCCCUCUACCUUGGCAUCGAACAGGGAGCUGAGGAUUUCACGACCCUCGUCAACUGGUGGCCGACGAAGCAAAAGCGCGAGAGCGCCGCCGCGACGAAGGAGCUCGCGGAGAUCAUCUCCAACCUCAUUGCCGCCCGCCGCCGCGAGGGUCGCCGCGAAAACGACCCCAUCCAGUACCAGAUGGACAUGGGCGACGAGGACAGCGACAUCAUCCAGUACACCUUCAAGAUCCUCUUCGCUGGAUCGGUCAACACCGCCGCGAUGGCCGCCUGGACCUGGGUAUACCUCACCCUGCACAAAGACCAGUACGACCUCGUCAUGAACGAGAUCACGACCCAAGCGCACGCGACGGGCGCCCCGGGCACGCUCGCGGAACAGGUGACGCAGAUCCAGCUCGACGCGUGGGAGAACGAGAUGCCGGCGCUCGAGCGUUGCAUCAAGGAGACGAUCCGGCUCGUGUUCGCCAUCAUCGCGCUCCGGCGCAACAUCGAGGACCCGGUCACGAUCGACGGCAAGCGCAUCAACACCGGCGACUUCCUCGCGUACUUCAUCCACGACACCCACCUGAACGAGGACAUCUACCCCGACGCGGAGAAGUGGAACCCCAACCGGUGGAUCGACGAGCAGGGCGUGAACGCGAAGAAGCUCGCGUAUCCCUUCUUGGGAUGGGGCGUCGCCCGCUUCCCGUGCACCGGCAUGCGGAUGGCCAAGGUCGAGAUGAAGACGAUCGUGGCGUCGCUGCUCGCGACCUUCGAGUUCCAGCCUCUGGACGGGAAGGGCAACCCGCUCACCCAGGACCCGCCCGUGAACCGCAACGACUGGCAGCGGUUCAUGCCGGCGGAGCAGGUGCUGAUGGAUUACGUUCGCCGCUCAUAGAUGAUUUCUUCUGUACUCUCAUCCUCUAUCGACAUUCCAUGUGUUUCCUUCUUGGCUACGACUUUAAACUGCAUCCAUACGCGCAAUUCUAUCUCAACCC